CUAUAAAGGACAGAUCUAUCGUUGCCGGUUGCUGCUCUAUCUGAUAUAUAUAUUCCGUGUUUGAUAAAGUCUGUGCGCUCGAUACGUUUUUUGAUUUGAUCGAAUUCAUGAAUCAUUGCUGAUCGAUUAAAUCGUGUUAAAAAAUAAUAUUGUGCAUUUAAGAUUUUGAAUUUAGCAGAAUUUGAUCAAAAUGUCAACUACAUCACAGAAGCACAGGAACUUUGUGGCAGAGCCUAUGGGGGAUAAACCUGUGACCGAGCUCGCUGGUGUUGGAGAAGUCUUAGGGAAAAGAUUAGAAGCUGCAGGUUUUGAUAAAGCAUAUGUAGUACUAGGACAAUACUUAGUGCUAAAGAAAAAUAAGGAAUUAUUUCAAGAGUGGAUGAAGGACGCAUGCUCGGCUAAUGCAAAACAAUCUACAGAUUGUUAUCAGUGCCUAACUGAUUGGUGUGAAGAAUUUUUGUAAAGUAAUUGUGACAUAAAUUUAACCAGAAUGUGUUUUUUAAAGAACAGAGUAUUAAGUACACAUUUUUAUAAUAUUAACCAAAUAAGAUUUACAUUUGACUGGAACGUAUAUUUUUUUAAGAGCAGAAUAUUUAACUAUGCAGUUAUACAACAUUAACAUAAAUAUAAAAUUUACAGUUUGUUUAUUUUAUAAAACUGUAAAACUAAAUAUUCUGUUUCUAGAAAAAUAUAAAUUUCAAAUUUGUCAAUUAUAUAUCUAUUAUAAUUAUAAACAUUAAGAAAAAUUGUUGCACUUUAAUCAGUACAAAAACUAAAAAAAACGUGCGGUUUUAGAUAUAAGAACACUGAUAAAUCUAAAUAUAAUUAUAUGUGAACAUGGAAAAAAAAUAAAAGCAAACUUUAUUCUUGACUAAAUAA